GUUCAAUUUAAAAAUAAAAGGAAAAUGACUCAUAUUUCGCCAGCUUCACCGCCAGUCCGCCACGGCGCCACGGCAGUCUCCAAGCACUUCAGACCUCUCUUUUCUCUCGGCGCCGAGGAAACAGCGCACGCAUAGCGGGAGUAGACCCGGCCAGUCAGGGGCGACGAGCGCCGGCGGCUGGAAAAUAGAACGUGAACCUACGCUUGAACAGCAGCAGCAGGGGCGAACAGCGAAGAGUCCGGUGGCUUCAGUUCUGUUCCGUUCAACUUAGGCUCUGGCGGUUCUCUGAGAUGUCUGGCCGACAUCCCGAUCACCCGUAGCCGUCCUACACGACCGACUGCUUUCCCUGAACGUCGUCGCAGCAGCUUCCCGCUGGAACUUCCGUCGUACCGAAAACGUUGUGAGCAAGGUUGACAUUCACAAGGUGUAAUCUAACACUUCGUUAGAAGCAUCGUCUUCAAAUGGAAGAAAAUCAAACAACCUCUGUGAAAGUCAAAGACGCUGUCCACAGAUUACAGCUUUCUUUACUUGACGGUAUCCAGAAUGAAGACCAGCUAUUUGCAGCUGGAUCAUUGAUGUCUCGGGGUGACUAUCAAGAUGUCGUGGUUGAACGGUCUAUUGCAAAGCUCUGUGGUUAUCCUCUUUGCAACAAUGCUCUGCCUUCUGAUCAGUCUAGAAAGGGCCGGUACCGCAUUUCUCUGAAGGAACACAAAGUUUACGACCAACAAGAGACGUACAUGUACUGCUCAUCCAGUUGUCUUGUUAAUAGUCGAGCUUUUGGUGGGAGCUUGCAGGAAGAGCGAUCCAUGGUUCAGAAUCCAGCGAAACUCGCCGAGAUUUUAAGGCUAUUUGACAAACUGAGCUUGGAUUCUGAGGGAAUGGGUAAGAAUGGCGAUUUGGGAAUGUCGAAUUUGAUGAUCCAGGAGAAAGCUGAAGCCAAAGUCGGCGAGGUGUCUUUGGAAGAUUGGGUUGGUCCAUCAAAUGCAAUUGAAGGUUAUGUUCCUCAAAGAGAUCGCAACUCCAAGACUUCAUCCCCAGUCAAAGGCCACAGAACUGAUGUAGUCAAAUCGAGUUCAGAGAAGUAUUCAUUUGUCAACGACUUGGACUUCACAAGCACCAUCAUCAUCAGUGAUGAAUAUAGCAUCUCUAAGACUCCUUCAAGCUUGGCAACAUCUAGUGCGGCAGUGAAGGAUAUAGAAGGGAAGGGAUCUAGUGGAAAGUUCAAGGCUCAAUCAUCUGGUUCAACAAAGCUGAAUUUGGGUAAAAUCUCAAGAACUUCCAACACAGGCAAGUCUAAAGCGGUCAGGAUAGAUGGGAUGGACAAUGAAGACGUGGCUUCACCAUCAAAUCCUCAAAGCACUUCCGGUUUGAUUAAUACUGGAGCUAAAGAGACGAAUGAAGUUGGCGUACGAUCUGGGUUUUGUCAAUCCAGGUUGAAACCCUCGCUUAAGUCUCCUGGUGCAAAGAAACUUGGCCGAUCUGUUACUUGGGCUGAUGAGGAAGCUGGUAGUUCCAAAUGUGGUGGUCUUUGUGAGGAUACGGAGAUGAAAGAUACCUUGACUGUGACUUCGGUUUCUUCUGAUGUUACAGACAAAGGAGAUGAUGAGAACAAUUUGUUGCUUGAAUCGGCCGAAGCCUGUGCAAUGGCUCUCAGCCAAGCAGCAGAAGCUGCUGCAUCUGGAGAGGUUGACAUUGCUGAUGCCAUCUCUGAAGCUGGGAUAAUCAUAUUACCUCAAGCAGACAUUAUGGAUCAGAACAACCUAAUGGAAGAUGAUAACAUGGAAGGACAAGAGUCUGUAGAUACCAAGUGGCCCAGCAAGCCUGGUAUUCCUCGAACUGAUAUGUUCGACCCUGAGGAAUCCUGGUACGAUGGUCCUCCAGAAGGAUUCACCUUGGAGUUGUCCCCAUUUGCAACAAUGUGGAUGGCACUCUUUGGAUGGGUAACCUCAUCAAGCUUGGCUUACAUAUACGGGAAAGAUGAAAGCUCCCAUGAAGAUUAUCUGUCUGUUAAUGGGAGGGAGUACCCUCAUAAAAUUGUCUUAGGAGACGGUCGCUCUUCCGAGAUCAAACGAACUGUCGAGGGUUGUCUAUCUCGGGCUUUACCUGCUGUGGUCACCGAACUGAGGCUACCAAUACCAAAUUCUACCUUGGAGCAAGGAGUCGGACGCCUGUUGAACACGAUGGGAUUCGCUGAUGCAAUUCCAGCACUCAGAAUGAAACAAUGGCAAGUGAUAGCUAUUCUGUUCCUGGAAGCUCUCUCUGUAUGUCGGAUUCCGGCUCUUACCCCUCUCAUCAGCAAUAGGAGGGGGGUAAUUCACCAGGUGUUGGAGGGUGCUCGUAUUGGUGCAGAGGAGUAUGCAGUGAUGAAAGAUCUAAUGAUGCCUCUGGGGCGUCUUCCUGGUUUUGCAUCACAGAAAAUGUCCGUCGACGGACAACAUGCCGGCCGCCCCCAGGCGCCGUCGUCACAGCAGGCUUCCUUCGGAAAACGCGCGCGGACCGAAGACGGUGUAUCGAGUUGUUACAUUUUCAAGAGUCGUCUACAAGAGUAUGCGCAAAAGGCUGGACUUCCUACACCUGUAUACGAGACAACCAAAGAAGGACUAUCUCAUGAACCUUUCUUCAGGUCAACGGUGAUAGUGAAUGAAGUGAGAUAUGACUCUCUUCUUGGAUUUAUGAAUCGUAAAGCAGCAGAGCAGUCUGCUGCAGAGGUGGCCCUCUUGGAGUUAGCUAAAUCUGGUCAUGUCAAUGGUCGCAUUUCUCAACCAGUUCAUGAAACUGGGCUCUGUAAGAACCUGCUUCAGGAAUAUGCUCAGAAGAUGAGUUAUGCAAUUCCUUUGUACCAGCAUGAAAAGCAUGAAACACGAAACCAUGGAAGUUGUUACCAAUGUUCUGUAAUGAUUGGAGGGACAAAGUAUAUUGGAGCAGUGGCAACAUCCAAAAAAGAAGCCGAGAUAAAAGCUGCAAGAACAGCCUGGUUUGCUAUUAAGGAAAGUAGUACAGAGUUAUCUGGAAGAUCAACUGAGAACCCUAUGCUGACAGUAAUUCCUAGCAGGAAGAGGGUGCUGGAGGCCCCAAGUGUCCCAAAUGAGACAACCAACACCGCCCACAGGGCCAAGAAGGCGCGAUUCAAUAAGAAACGCCAGGGGAAGAAGCCCAAGAGUCAAGUACCAGAAAUGGGAACAACUGAACCUAUUAGUAAUGCUUCUCAAUCUGCAGAUGGUCAACCUGGAGCACAGUUUCAGCACAUGGUUGUCAGUGGACAGGCAUGGUGCCAAUAUCCAAGUGGGAUGGAAGGCGCCGUAGGAGAAAGCAUCAACAACAGCAAUCCUACUCUGUACAAUCCACCAAGUGUCCCAAAGAAGACAACCGACACCAACCCCAAGGCCAUGAAGGCACGAUUCAAUAAGAAAACGCCAAAAAAGAAACGCCGUGGGAAGAAGAAGCCCAAGAGUCAAAUACCUGAAAGUGGAAUAACUGAACCUAUUAGUAAUGCUUGUCAUUUUGCAUAUGGUCAACCUGGGGCACAGUUUCAUCAAAUGGCUUUCAGUGGACAGGCAUGGUGCCAAUAUCCAAGAGUGAUGGAAGGCCCCCUAGGAGAAAGCAUCAACAACAGCUAUCCUACUCUAGACAAUCCACCUAUGUUGCAACAAAUGGGCGGGCAUGGCGCAAAUAUCCACGAGGGAGGCAUCAGUGGCAAGUCGAGCCACACAGGAUGGCUUACCCUCUGCUGUGGAAACUCUGGUGAAAACUCCAAGGGGAAUGCAUCUGUGGCAACUGGAGCCCCAGAGAGCAGCACACCAUCUGCUGUGGGAAGUUCGACACCUGCUAUCGUUGGUGACAAAGGCUGCCAGACUGCCAAUGUCAAUCACACCUUUGGUCAAGAUUCUACUGGAGUAAUUGAAAACUCCAUGGGAGAUACUACAAUGUCAAAUGGAGAAGUAGCAGAAGAUGGCAAACUGUCUGUUGUGGGAACUCAGGCUGCUGAUGUUGGUGGUCAUGGAGCCAAUAUCCAUCACACAAAUGGUGAAGAUUUCGCUGCCAUUUUACAGGAGUCCAAGGUUGAUACAACAAUGGCAAGUGGAGUCACGGAAGAUGCCAAACUGUCUGCUGUGACAACUCAGGCAGCUGAUGUUGGUCAUGAAGCCAAUAUCCAUCACACAGAAGAUUCCACUUACAUUUUACAAGAGUCCAACACAACAACGGCAAGUGGAAUCACGGAGGAUGCCAAACUGUCUGCUGUGGAAACUCAGGAAGCUGAUGUUGGUAGUAACGGAGCCAAUAUCCAUCACACAAAUGGUGAAGAUUCCACCGAAAAUUUGCAGGACUCGAAGGAAGAUACAGCUAUGGCAUGUGGAGCCACAGAGGACGGCAGAUCGUCUACCACAGGAACUCAUGCACCUGCUGUUUGUGGUCAGGAAGGCAGCCGUGGUACGAAUACCCAUCACAUGAGUGGUUCGGAUUCCACUGUAAUGAUUGAAGAUUCCAAGGGGAUACCGGAUACAUCAAUGGCAAAUGGAGCCACAGAGAACGGCGCACCAUCUCCUGCCACACAGGAUAUUGUAUUGCCUGCUGCUGAAACUCAGGCACCUGCUGGUGGUCAGGAAGGUAGCCAUGGAACCAAUAUCCAUCACACGAAUGGUCCGGACUCCACCGGAAUGGUUGAAGCUUCCGAUGCGGAUACAUCCAUGGCAAGUGCAGCCCCAGAGGACGACGUGCCAUCUACUGUCGCAACUACGACACCUGAUGUUGUUCACGAAUAAGGCGACCAGGUUGGCGACUUGCACAACUCCAAUAGUGACGAUCCUGCUCGAGCAAGCGAAGGAAGACUCGACUAUUGCGGGUGGAGUCAAUGAGGAGGUAGCCUCACUGGUAAACAGUUCAGCAGCUGAUCAGUGCUAGAUGUUUCCCAAGGUCGUUAUAGGCCCCCGAUUACCUUCAGCCUGUACCAAUGAUUCUUCAUCUAAAAUGUAAUCACCAAUAAUUACUUCAUAAUGUAACCGGUUUCUGGAUGUAUUGGGGAUUUGAGGUGGUAAUAUACCUCAUUUCUUGGGUUAAAAACUUUAGAUUGAACCAAUUUCAUAUCCCAUUUCCAGGGUUUAUAAACAGUAACCGGCACGCAAUUGAACCGGUUCAACCGAUCAAAUUGGUACCGAGUACCGACCAACCCGAGAUUUAAGUAACGGUAGGGAAGGAAGUUGCAAUAAUAGUUGUAUGAAUCUGGUUGCAUCAGAACUCCGCCCUGAGUUAGCUUUCGCUCCA